CGAACAUGGCCGAAGUCGGCGAGGACAGCGGCGCCCGCGCCCUGCUGGCGCUGCGCUCGGCGCCCUGCAGCCCCGUGCUGUGCGCCGCGGCCGCCGCCCUCCCAGCCGCCGCGCCGCCCGCGCCCGGGCCCGCCGCGUCGCCGCCGCCGCCCGCCCAGCCCCCGCCCGGGCCGCCGCCGCCGCUGCCGCUGCCGCCCGGCGCCCCCGCGGGCGCGGCGCCGGCGCUGGUGGCCGCGGCGGCCGCCUCGGUGCGGCAGAGCCCGGGGCCGGCGCUGGCGCGUCUGGAGGGCCGCGAGUUCGAGUUCCUUAUGCGGCAGACCAGCGUCACCAUCGGCCGCAACUCGUCGCAGGGCUCGGUGGACCUGAGCAUGGGCCUGUCGAGCUUCAUCUCGCGGCGCCACCUGCAGCUCAGCUUCCAGGAGCCGCACUUCUACCUGCGCUGCCUCGGCAAGAACGGCGUCUUCGUGGACGGGGCCUUCCAGCGGCGCGGCGCGCCCGCCCUGCAGCUGCCCAAGCAGUGCACCUUCCGAUUCCCCAGCACGGCCAUCAAGAUCCAGUUCACCUCCCUGUACCAUAAAGAAGAGGCUCCGGCGUCUCCCCUCCGGCCACUCUACCCCCAGAUCUCCCCGCUGAAGAUCCACAUUCCGGAGCCGGAUCUCCGAAGCCUGGUCAGCCCCAUCCCUUCCCCGACUGGCACCAUCAGUGUCCCCAACUCCUGCCCGGCCAGUCCACGUGGAGCUGGGUCCUCUGGCUACCGCUUCGUCCAGAACGUGACCUCAGACCUGCAGCUUGCCGCAGAGUUUGCAGCGAAGGCCGCCUCAGAGCAGCAGGCAGACGCGUCCGGCGGCGACAGUCCCAAGGACGAGUCGAAGCCGCCCUACUCCUACGCUCAGCUGAUCGUGCAGGCCAUCUCCUCGGCGCAGGACCGGCAGCUAACACUAAGUGGCAUCUACGCGCACAUCACCAAGCAUUACCCCUACUACAGGACGGCCGACAAGGGCUGGCAGAAUUCUAUCCGGCACAACCUGUCUCUGAACCGUUACUUUAUCAAAGUCCCGCGCUCCCAGGAGGAACCUGGGAAGGGCUCUUUCUGGCGAAUAGACCCUGCCUCCGAAGCCAAGCUCGUGGAACAGGCGUUCCGAAAGCGGAGACAGAGGGGUGUCUCCUGCUUCCGCACCCCCUUCGGGCCUCUGUCCUCACGGAGUGCUCCAGCUUCACCCACUCACCCUGGGCUGAUGUCCCCUCGUUCCAGUGGCCUGCAGACUCCAGAGUGCCUGUCUCGGGAGGGCUCCCCCAUUCCACACGACCCUGACCUGGGGUCCAAGUCAGCCUCCGUUCCCGAAUAUCGGUGUUCCCAAAGUGCGCCCGGCUCCCCCGUCAGCGCGCAGCCAGUGAUCAUGGCUGUGCCUCCCCGACCGUCCAACUUAGUGGCCAAGCCUGUUGCCUACAUGCCAGCUUCCAUAGUGACCUCACAGCAGCCCUCGGGCCAUGCCAUCCACGUUGUGCAGCAAGCCCCCACCGUCACCAUGGUCAGGGUGGUCACCACCUCCGCCAGCUCAGCCAACGGAUACAUCCUCGCCAGCCAGGCCUCGGCAGGGGCCUCCCAUGAUGCCGCGGGCACGACCGUGCUGGACUUGGGCAGUGAAGCCAGAGGCCUGGAGGAGAAACCCACCAUUGCGUUUGCCACCAUCCCUGCAGCCAGCCGAGUCAUCCAGACAGUGGCCAGUCAGAUGGCCCCUGGGGUUCCCGGACACACAGUCACCAUCCUGCAGCCAGCCACACCGGUGACCAUCGGGCAGCACCAUCUCCCAGUCCGGGCCGUCACUCAGAACGGAAAGCACGCUGUUCCCACGAAUAGUCUAGCCGGCAACGCUUACGCCCUCACCAGCCCCCUGCAGCUCCUCGCGGCCCAGGCAAGUUCGUCCACGCCUGUGGUGGUCACCAGGGUGUGCGAGGUGGGGCCCGAGGAGCCAGCGGCAGCAGUCAUGGCGGCCAGUGCCACCCCGACCCCAGCCACCUCCAACACCACCUCGGCCUCCUCCAGUGGGGAACCUGAGGUCAAAAGGUCCCGGGUGGAGGAACCCAGUGGGACAGCGACCGCACAGGCUGGGGUGAUGGCAGCUGCCGGCCCACAGGGCCCAGGCACUGGAGAGUGAAGUCACCUGCACAGGGUGGAGCGGGACACACCACAGGAACCCGAGCAGGCCCCACGGUGCAGACGGCUGUGCUCGCGGACCCAGGAGAGAAGCCCCAGGGCUGCCUGCAGCACGUGCCACCUGAGCAGCAGCCGCCACGCCUGGAACACCCAUCCUUCCCACUUGCCUCCUGCCCUCCCAUGGUGUGAAACAAAAACACAUAAACAAGUCCGACAACUGAUCGUCCGGUCCUGGGGAUCGCGUGUGUUUAUUUCCCACUCCCCUGGCACCGCUGCCUCUCCGGGCCCUUUGGUCGAGGGCAUGGGGAGAAGGUCUAGCCCAGCACCUCAGGAACCCAUCAAGACCACCCACCCACUGGGAGGAGGACUCCGGCCUCAGGGCCUUUGUUGGGGCAGCAGCCUUUGCCUAGAGAACCGGACAGAAGCUCAGCAAGGUGCCAGCCAAGGCCUCCUAGUGGGGACGGGAAUGGGACGAAUUCCUGUUUGUCAUAGAUGGGGAAUAGGCAAGAAAAAGGCAGGAACUGCCGACUCAUGUACUGUUUUGUGGUGUCUUUUCCAAAAUGACAUAGAAAAUAUUGGCAUUACUUAGAAUGGGGUGUCUGGUUUGGCUUUGGACCCCGAGUAUUUCUUGUUGUUUAAACGUGGAAUGCAGGCUCGUCACAAAUCUGAGGCACACACAGGAGGGCUGAUGGUCCUCCAAGGCUGCUGCCUGGACGGAUGAGCAGCACGGUCGGUGUUCUGGCCUCAGCCCUGUCUGAUAACUUCAAGAAGGCUCCGCGCUGCUGCCUCUGUCAAGGUGCUUUGGGUGAAAGGUCAGUCCGAAGUCAGCAGCUGCAGCAUCCAGCCAAACCUGGACACCUGUGUCGAGCCGCGUGCCCAGGAAACAGGGCUGCUGGUGCUCCGGGCAGAAGUCAAGUGCCUGCUUGGCAAGGAGGACGUUCACGGGUGUCACCAGAAGACCAGGGGUAAACCCCAAGGUCCCGCAGCUCUGCCCCAGGUCUGGGGAUCCACUGGGACAUGCCUGCUCACACUGCCUUGCCCACCACAUUCCAGUUUCCUGACCUCCCCCACAUUCAUCCACUGUUUGAAAUUGGAACCAGUCCUUCUGUCAGAAGCUCGGGGACUCUGGUCACUUUGCAGAAAGGAAACUACCCACGAGGCAGCAGUUGGCAGGCAGGCCCGUGCCAGGUCUGCUGGUGUUUGAUCUCAACAAGGUGAGAACCAAAGGACAGAAAGCUCCCUCCAGGCAGUCAAGGGGCUCCAGUGCACCUAGGAUGUCCCUCUGUGUCCAUUCGGCCAGUGGCACUUCAAGAUAUGGCACAGGAGCAGGAGCGAAGCCGGAGCCAUGGAGUCAUGGAGCCACGGACCAUUUGGCCCAGUUGGGAUGAGAUCGGAGCCCUGGGCCACUCCUGGAGGACACUGAGAAAGCACUCGUGCAUCUGUGUAAGUUGGCCCUGCGGUGGCCGUCGCUCCCGUGCUGGUCCACGACUAGACCCCAGCACUCCAGGGCAGCGCCUGUCCUUGGCCUCACCGCCUCUUGCCAACGGAGCAGCUUCCUCAGUCCUGGUCCUGAGUGGAGGGCUCAGGAACACCCAGUCUCUGGACAGCAGAGAAUGGCAGGGCCCAUGCUGCCUCAAAACGAAGGGGACACUUGCACGGGUGAUGUGGAGCUAGGGCAGGGAGAGUGCAGCUGGAGCUCGUGGGCAGGAGGGGUGGGCUCUGUCUCGCUGCUGCAUGUCCCCUCACCCACUAGUCAGGUGUCUGCUUGGCAAGGAAGACGUUCACCUGCGUCACUAGAAGACAAGGGGUGAACCCCUGGUCCCGCCCCACUAGGAGCAGGUGCGGAGUGUCCUGCCCUCUUCCCUCUGCCUGCGGGGAAGACCCUUCUCUGUCCCUUUUAAGGCUCCUCAGACCAGUGGUUUCUAUGGCACUAACCCCUAAAUGGGAAAUAAGCUCUUUGAAGUCUGUCCUGUGGCCUUUGGUGAGGUUUUGGGAGACAGGCAGGGUGAGGGUGGCCUGCCAUCAUGGCUCUGCCACCCCCACCCCCUAGUUUGGCGGCUCUACCUUCCCCUUCCUGGGCCUCCUGUGCGUGCAUCCUUCCCGUGUGCCUGGUGGGUGCGUGGGUUGGGUAAGCAGGAACAGGGAGAGCCCUACUAGGCGAGGACCUGUGACAGGGACGUUAGGGUCACUGGAUGCUUCUUUCCCUUCCCUGGUUCUUUACUCCCAGGCUGCACGUGGUCACCUCCCAGGGGGAUUCUGUUUGUUUCUGGACUGUCAUGACAGCCACAGAAGGUGCUGGGUGGCACCUCUGCCCAGAAGUGUAGGUCCCUGCAUGUCACGUUCCAGGUCUCCUUACUCUGGUUCCUACACAUUUGCUCUCCCAGCUUCUAAGACACUCUGGUCCCUGUCCUGUCAGUGACAUGUCACUGUGAACGCUGUCCAGGAGAGGGGAAGAGGUGGCGGGGAGGGCAGGGACUCUCCCAGCGUCUGGCUCAGAAGAGGGACAGAGAAGUGCCCUCAGGUUCAGUGCACUCAGCGGGGUAGGGGUGGGGAGGCUGGCCCUGGAAUGCCACACGGGUUCAUAAACAGUGUUUUGAAAGGCUUUUGGUCAUCCACCAGGUGGCAUACCUGGCUCCUGCCAGAACUUGUCCUGGAGCCAGCAGCCAGAGACCUAGGCAUGGUCAGUGCCCAGAGGAGAUACACAUCCCGGCCAGAGCUCCGCGAUGUGCUUAGAGCCACCAGGCAGGGCCUUGCAGCUGAGCCCGUCAUGGAAGCCAGAGUCCGAGCCGGGGAGCCGGAGGACCACUGCCACAGGGCUCAGGCCUUUUAGGUGGUUGAGGGUGGGCUGAACUCACCCAGAGGGGAUGGCAGGUGGUGCUGGAAAUGACUCCACUCUGGCACAGAGCCAGUGUCACUACAGACCUGGAGCAAGAGGACCUGCUCUGGUCAUGCUGGGCUCUAGGUUUCUGGCAUGGCCCACGGUGGAGGCCAGAGGCCCCAGGUGCAGGCGACAGCCUGGGAAGACCCCUCCCCCCUUGACCUGCUUUGACUAGAGUUUCCUCAGAGACCCAGGUCCUGGCCAGUGGCUCAUGACUCAGAUGCAGGAAGGUGUGAAAAUGGCCACCCUCCAGGGCAAGCUGGCAAGGUGCUGGCGGUGAGGAGUUGCCCCGAGAGCUCACCUGCUGCUGGGACCUCCAUGUGCAUCCCUCUGUCCCUGUGUCCAGUGGCAGUUGGUGGCACUUGCCUUCCACGCUCCUCUGGCGUUGCUGCCUCUGGUGUCUAAGGGGACUAACCCACUGCCUCAAGGCUAGGCAGGGAGGCGCGGGCUGGGGAGCAGGCCAGGAGCUGGAGGCCCCUUAGCUUCCACCCACGGUCUAGUUUGUUCCUAGUUGGGGUUUCUGGGUUUUUAUAUUUUCUGUUUCUGUUAUUUAGACCCAAGUCGAAUGGAAAGGGUGGGGGUGGACUUGGGAGUUGUUGAGAUGGGCAUUUCAUGGUCCUAGGUUCACGCUUGCGUGUUUCUCAAGUUGGGAGGGGACAGAUCUGGUGGAGCUUUACCGUGGCAGGGACAGAGACCUCCCGGCCUCCAGGCCACCUCAGUCUCCAGGUGGGUGACCGAUCUCAGCACGCACUCCUAGGGCUCUUUGCUGUCCCUCGCCAGGCCUGGAGAAAGGUUGGCUUGAGGUCAUGGGUGUCAUUUUAGCUAACACUCAUCAUUUCCUCUGAAAUGAAGAAGAGCCUCACAGAACAUUCCAAGUGAGCUGGGAGUUUCCGGAGAGCUGGGUGCCAGGUUUCCUCUCCAUAGGCAGAAAUCUCCACACUGGGAGAGUCAGAGACCAGGAGGAGAAAGCCACUCUCUGACUUCAGAGUCCGUGUCCUUCAUGAAGAACAGACCUCAUCUGAAAAAGCGAGAGCUCAGUAGAAUGCAGGAGGAUAGAGAAGAAAGGGUUUCCCGUGGCUCUCGCAGCCGGAAACAGAUUCGCCUGGUGGGAGGGGCUCUCUGCUCUUCAGAAGCCUCAGAUUCCCCUCUAUACCUGAGUGACUUCAUCUGGUCUGAGGGACAGAGCCAUUUCUGGGGACACGCCCACCUGUCCUGGGCACUCCUUGGCCCUCUGAGAGCACACCUCAGUGCUGAGUAGCUUGCUCCAUGGAGAGCAUGAAAGCGAUUGUAAGACUCUGUACUAGUAAAAAAAAAAAAAGUCCCUGUGUGCCGAACAGGAGCC